AUGAGCCCGCCGAGCCGCGGCCGCCGUUCCGAGCCGCGCGGACCCCGACCCGCCGCCGCCGCCGCCGCCGCCGCCGCCGCCAUGGCCACGCCGCCGCCCGGCCGCGCGGGCGGGCCCGCCACGCCGCUGUCGCCCACGCGCCUGUCGCGGCUGCAGGAGAAGGAGGAGCUGCGCGAGCUCAAUGACCGCCUGGCGCACUACAUCGACCGCGUCCGCGCGCUCGAGCUGGAGAACGACCGGCUCCAGCUCAAGAUUUCCGAGCGGGAGGAGGUGACCACGCGCGAGGUGAGCGGCAUCAAGACGCUGUACGAGGCGGAGCUGGCCGAUGCCCGCCGGGUGCUGGACGAGACGGCCCGGGACCGGGCCCGGCUGCAGAUCGAAAUUGGGAAGCUGAGGGCCGACCUGGACGAGGCCAACAAGAGCGCAAAGAAGAGGGAGGGCGAGCUGACGGUGGCCCAGGGCCGCGUCAGGGACCUGGAGUCCGUGUUCCACCAGAGUGAGGCGGAGCUGGCCGCCGCUCUCAGUGACAAGCGCGCCCUGGAGAACGACGUGGUGGAGCUGAGGGCCCAGCUGGCCAAGGCGGAGGAUGGGCACGCGGUGGCCAAAAAGCAGCUGGAGAAGGAGACGCUGAUGCGCGUGGACCUGGAGAACCGCUGCCAGAGCCUGCAGGAGGAGCUGGCCUUCCGCAAGGACGUCUUUGAGGAGGAGGUGCGGGAGACGCGACGGCGACACGAGCGGCGCCUGGUGGAGGUGGACAGCAGCCGGCAGCAGGAGUAUGACUUCAAGAUGGCCCAGGCACUGGAGGAGCUGCGGGCGCAGCACGACGAGCAAGUGCGGCUGUACCGCCUGGAGCUGGAGCAGACCUACCAGGCCAAGCUGGACAACGCCAAGCUGAGCUCCGACCAGAACGACAAGGCCGCCAGCGCCGCUCGGGAGGAGCUGAAGGAGGCCCGCAUGCGGGUUGAGUCCCUCAGCUUCCAGCUCUCCGGCCUCCAGAAGCAGGCGAACGCGGCCGAGGACCGGAUCCGGGAGCUGGAGGAGACCGUGGCCGGGGAGCGGGACAAGUUCCGGAAGAUGCUGGACGCCAAGGAGCGGGAGAUGACAGAGAUGCGGGACGUGAUGCAGCAGCAGCUGGCUGAGUACCAGGAGCUGCUGGACGUCAAGCUGGCCCUGGACAUGGAGAUCAGCGCCUACCGCAAGCUCCUGGAGGGCGAGGAGGAGAGGCUGAAGCUGUCCCCCAGCCCGUCGUCGCGCAUCACCAUCUCGCGGGCCACAUCGAGCAGCAGCGGCAGCGGCAGCGUGUCCGUUUCCGGGCGCCUGGGCCGCAGCAAGCGGAAGCGGCUGGAGGUGGAGGAGCCGCCGGGUACGGGCUCCAGCGGCACCGGCUCGGGCAGCAGCAGCAGCAGCUUCCGCCUGGCCCAGCAGGCCUCGGCCUCGGGCAGCAUCAGCAUCGAGGAGAUCGACCUGGAGGGCAGGUUCGUGCAGCUGAAGAACAGCUCGGACAAGGUGAGGCCCCCACCCAACCCGUGGGGAACCCGCUGGGUCUUCUCGGAGCCGUGGGCCAACGCCCGUCCCCUUUGCCAGGAUCAGUCUCUGGGCAACUGGAGGAUCAAGAGGCAGAUCCUAGAAGGGGAGGAGAUCGCCUACAAGUUCACGCCCAAGUAUGUGCUGCGGGCCGGCCAGACGGUGACGGUAUGGGCAGCCGGUGCAGGGGUGGCUCACAGCCCCCCGUCCACGCUCGUGUGGAAGAGCCAGAACAGCUGGGGCGCGGGCGAGAGCUUCCGGACCAUCCUGGUCAAUGCUGACGGGGAGGAAGUGGCCAUGAGAACCGUGAAGCAGUCCUCGGUGGUGCGGGAGGCCGAGGACGGGGAGGAGGGUGAGGACGAGGCGGCCGAGUUUGGAGAGGAGGACCUUUUCCAUCAGCAGGGGGACCCGAGGACCACCUCUCGAGGCUGCCGCGUCAUGUGAACCGAACAUGCCUCAUCACACGUCUUUCUUUAUCCAGGGCCACUGAAAACUAUUUUUAUAUCAUUG